AUGAAGGUCCAAAUCCUCCUCACAGCCGCUCUCAGCGCAACGGCCUUGGCUGAUCAAUGGCCCGGCGCCGAAAAGGAAUGCGGUCGUCUGGGUGCUAUGACCUGGGAUCCCAGCGAUCUACCUGAAGGUGUCGACCCCUCGCAGAUCCGUAAGUGCGCGGAUCAUCCAAUGGGAGCUGGCAAUUACUGGGGAUGGGGUGAAUACAUGCCUGACUGGAUUCCUCGUAACCCUCUGGCCGAUCUUGAGUGGACAUGGCCUCGUGGGCCAAAUUAUUAUCUCCGGGGACAGGGGGCGUGA